AAGUCAUGUCUUCAUUGCCUUCACCCCUCCCAAGUAAACCAAGAACUUGGAGGAACAAAAUCGUUCCAGUAGGAAUUAUAAUUGGGUUGGGAUAUCUUGACUUCAUUUCCUGCUAUUCCUUGGGCUACCAGGAGAUAUAUACACAUCAUUCACAUGGAGUUGCAAUAUGCUUGUGGGUUUUGGCAGGUAUAUGCCAGGUUUUAUUAUUUAUUUACUGGGCUGUAAUAUAUGUUAAAGGACCUGGAAGUUGUCCUCAGACAAAGCCUUAUGACCUACACAACUCUGGUGAUUGCCAGUUUGACAGACCGCCUCCAAUUUUCACCUGUGAUGAGUAUGGUUAUCCAAUUUGGUGCAACAAUUGUCAAUCAAUAAAGACCACUAGAGCUAGCCACAUGAAAACCGUCAGUAGAUGUGUUCCUCGAGUGGACCACUUCUGUAUCUGGAUUGGCACUGUGAUUGGUAAGAACAAUUACCGUCCUUUUAUCAAAUUUAUGCUUUGGUUCCUUGUCUACUUCUUAAUUAUGUUGGUAUUCCUUGUUCGUUAUACCCCAUCAAACUACCACAGGGGUGAUCCGGGUAUCAACAAUAAUUAUAUUGUGUUAUACAUCAUGUGCGGGCUAUGGAUACUUAUGUUGUCAGGAUUAUUAGUGUCACAAUUGUACUAUAUCCUGAAGAAUAUGACUACAAUAGAUGAUUUGAACAUCAAAAAAGCAAGAAUGUAUCAUAGAAGAAACCCUUCGAAGGAAGACGAAAAUCACCCUAAAACUGAGGCUCAUCCAGAUAGUGGUACCAGGUUCGUUAGUGUGGACAAAGGAGAUUUUAGGUUAGUUGUGCAGUGCUCUGUAAACGAUUUGCUUUACAAUUUUGGUCCCAAGAAGAACUGGAUCAAUGUAAUGGUCUAUGAUUCCAGCACCUAUUUCAGCCCAGAUGAGAGACUCUACUCUUCAGGAAAGUUUGUAGAAGCAAUCUUGAUUUUUAUUGUUCCACUUCUUGACUUAUUUUACACCAAACAGAUAACAAAUGAUUCUGAACCUGUAUCAUUUGGUCCUGAAUUUUUGGCCCUACUUGAAAGCAAGAUCUCAAGGCAUAGAUGUUACUUGCCUCUGUAUUUAUCUGAAAGACCUAAUGCAGAAGAACCUAAAGCAUCUGAAAGCUCAAGCACAUAACUUAGAAAAGCAAGAUUUCUCCGAAUAACUGCAUCAAUGCCUAUGGACCAGAUCGUUAUUUCCAUCUACCAUCAAUCUAUACACCUACCCUAGUUUUAUGACUUUGCAUUUUAACAUAGAAUUAUCUUAAUAGAUAUUAAUGACCUG